UUAUUACAUCCGCCUAAAAGAACAAGCUUAUUUCUAUCUAUUGAAUUUGCAGCAGCGAGGCAUCGUUUCUCCUCUUCGAUCGACUCGAAAAUUAGGGUUUUCGCAUCAAUUCAAUCAAAUCAUGGCAGAGGAAGAAAAUCAAAAUGGGAUCAAGGAGGAGGUUAAGGAUGACGUCGGAGAUAUAGCUCCUUUUGACCCAACGAAAAAGAAGAAAAAGAAGAAGCCAGUAGCUCAAGAUCUAGCCGAAGAUGAGUCUGUUAAUAAUCUGGUCGAGAAAACAGAGAGCUUGUCUGUUUCCGAAGGUCUCGAAACAUCAUUUGCUGGUCUCAAAAAGAAAAAGAAAAAGGCAGCGCAUACCGAUCUUCUGAAUGAAGAAAAAGAGACUGUGGGGGAAGAUCUCGACGAUGUCGUUGGAGAGGAUGAGGAAGGAGAAGGAAUUAUUUUGCAACAAUAUCCAUGGGAAGGAAGCGAUCGAGAUUAUAAAUAUGAGGAGCUUCUCGGGCGAGUUUUCAAUAUCCUGCGUGAGAAUAAUCCCGAACUUGCUGGAGAUCGCCGUAGGACUGUUAUGAGGCCGCCUCAAGUUCUUCGUGAAGGCACAAAGAAAACUGUUUUCGUGAAUUUUAUGGAUCUCUGCAAAACGAUGCAUAGACAACCGGAGCAUGUCAUGACUUUCUUGUUGGCUGAGAUGGGAACGAGUGGGUCCCUCGAUGGACAACAAAGAUUGGUUGUUAAAGGCAGAUUUGCUCCCAAGAAUUUUGAGGGAAUUCUUCGCCGCUAUAUUAAUGAGUAUGUCAUAUGCAACGGCUGCAAAAGUCCGGACACUAUCCUUUCUAAGGAGAACCGUCUCUUCUUUCUCAGAUGUGAAAAGUGUGGUUCUGGGAGAUCGGUUGCUCCAAUCAAAGCUGGAUUUGUUGCUCGUGUUGGUCGUCGUAAAGCUGGAACAUAACCGAAUUCGGCUUCUAUUUCUUGGAAAAAUACUUUUUUUUUUCUUUUUUCUAAAAUACUUUUGAUUGAUUUUAGAAGUUUUGUGGCAGUAAAUAAAUGACAAUGCAUUUUAUUUUCCUAAAAAAAAAAAGAAAAAAGAAAAAGAGAUACACAUUUGAUAUUGCAUUGCGUGAGCGUAGUAGCAACCUUUCAUUUAUGAAGUGGUCCAGAUGAGACUUUUCACUUUGGUCCUUGAAGUCUUCCCAUGUCAGAAUAUUACCCCACUAUUUUCUUAUUGUUUGCAAUAACCACCAACUUUUGAAACUUUCUCGUGGAUACUGUUAUCUAGUGUAGUUUACAUCUAUCGUGCAGUUUGUAAAUUACCGAACGAGGGGGAGUUUAACUAGUGCCCUUGGAAUGAUUGUACA